AUGUCCACACACACAACAGCCCGCCUGCUACUCGUGCACAAUUGCAUCCAGCGCAACACUGUUAGUGCCCUGAAUAAAUCAUACUCUUCAACUCAAAUUCGCUCUGUCUCCAACAUCUCAGCAGCUCUCAAUGAUCUCCCGCGCGUCGCUGGUGCAGGUCCUUUCCCCUCGUAUCCAUCCUUCAAGUCACUAGGCUCUAUUGUCGCCGUUUCUUUACCUUCAUCUGCUCCAUUAUACACUCGCGAGGCUGCCAUUCUUGCCGUCAACACUGAAUCUUCUUCCUCCUCUUCUUCUUUUUCCUCUUCCCCUUCUGCAUCUACUUCUCCUCCUCUUUCAACUACAUCCCUCUCGUCCUCUACAAACCUCUCUCUCAUCUCAAAGGCUUUCCCCUUUGUCUACACUCGCUUCAUUGCCGUCGAACCAGCUACUGUGCUCCUGACAUCUGCAGCCGCCCCAGAGUCUCCCGCCGGGGGUUCUCCCACUCAAACUGUGGUUAUUGCACCCACAUCCACUUUUGACUGGAUUGUCCCUAACCGUGCCUCCAUUCUUGCUUGGUCCUCGGCCUCCCCAGGUGACCCAACCGGCCCCUUUGUUAGUGACAAGUUUGCUUCCAUUAGAAUUAAAGGAAUUUCACCUAACCCGGAGUCUCCAGUAAAUCCACAGGUUGUGCUGGCAGCGCGUGCGGCAGACGGACCCGUGUUGGAAAUGAAGCUGCACCAAGGUGAAACGGCUUAUGUCCAUCCAAACUCAUUACUUGCUUACACCGAACCGGCAACAUCGAAAAAGCUCUCAGAAACAUAUGUCAUAAUACCCCAAAAACUUCCCAAUGUUACUGACUCGUCCUCAUCAUCGACUACUACUACUACUACUACUACCACAAACAAUCAAUCAAAUACCUCGCUUGUCCAAAAAUUCCUUAACCUGCCUGGACCCCAAAAUAUCCUCGCCUAUUUCAACUCACUUAAAGCAUUGACCCACAAGUUUCUCUACAAAGGUGACGAUAUUCUGCUCAAAAUAACUGGUCCUAAAACUAUUUUGUUGGCCAGCAGUGGUAAUUCUUUGGCUUCAGCAUACAACCCAGCAGCCCCAGUGCAAACCCAGCUAGAGAAACUCCUGGAAAAAUCACAAGAAGACACUAUCCCACAAGAAACUCCCCACAAACAAGAAACGCAUUGA